UAUCAUCACCUUUUCCCUGUUUUAAAACAGAUGAUAAAGGCCUAUAUAAGAAGAGCAGACCUUUGCAAAAGAAACAUUGCAGCCUUAAAAAAAACCCUUUUUUCAUCUCUUUUGUUGUGUCACAAGCCAAGAAAAGAAUCCAUUAUUGCUUUGAACUUUGAAGUGAAGUUCCUUUGUACCUUCUUGAGUGGGUCACAAGUCACUCAAAUUUUUUGUUUUUGCCUUAAAAUACACUAGAUAUUCAUCUUUUCUGUUGUCUCUUUGCUAUAUUUUCUUGAUAUUUUUCCAACUUUCUUUGAAAUAUUCAAGAAACUCGCAUGCAUUUUUGAAAAUUUUGAUUUAAACCAAUUUAUAAGAUGGGAGUUGGAGGUACUUUAGAGUAUUUAUCUGAUUUAAUGGGAAGUGGAGGCCAUAAACACAGCAAAAAGAAGAAGCAAUUACAGACAGUAGAUCUCAAGGUUAGGAUGGACUGUGAUGGCUGUGAGCUUAAAGUCAAGAAUACCCUUUCCUCCAUGACUGGAGUUAAAAAGGUGGAGAUAAACAGAAAACAGCAGAAGGUGAGUGUAACAGGAUAUGUGGAAUCAAAUAAGGUGUUAAAGAAGGCAAAAUCAACAGGGAAAAAGGCUGAAAUAUGGCCAUAUGUGCCCUACAAUUUAGUGGCACAACCCUACAUGGCUCAAGCUUAUGACAAGAAAGCCCCUCCUGGUUAUGUGAGGAAGGUGGAGAAUUACAAUGCUACAAGUACUGGUACAGUUAGCAGUUAUGAGGAGCCUUAUGUCUCCAUGUUCAGUGAUGACAAUCCUAAUGCUUGUUCUAUUAUGUAAUUAGUAAUCAUUUAGUAAUUAAUUAGUAUAGAAUAUUAGUAACCAUUUUAAUUUCAUAAUUCUAUGCCUGUCCUUCUCAUGACAAGACAUUCUUAGGGUUUUUGUUUUUCUAUUUGGAGUUUUGUUAAGUGUUUGAAGAUGGGUGAGAUGAUGAAUAGUUUUCUGGUUCAGCUCUA